AUGAAAGCUGCGGAUACAAGGAGCCGACUGUACUACAAGGAGAUUAUGCUCGUAACGCUGUUAACAAAUAAAUACCUUAGUUUGUUCGUUCCUCUCAUACUAUCCUUCUUUCUUUCCUCCGUUUUUCCAUCUUCACUUCUUUCCUUUCUUCUUUCUACUUUUCUUUCUUACAUGUGUACUUUCCCAGAUUUAUCUUUUCACACGUUCAUUCUUCCUUAUUUCGCACGUCGAUUCUUCCUUAUUUCCCAAUUUUCAUCCUUCUUUAUUUCUUUCCUACGUUCGUUUCUUUAUUAUUUCUUUCCUACGUUUAUCCUUCCUUAUAUCUAUCUUAUACGCAUCCUUACUUAUUUCCUUUCACGUUCGUCCUUCCUUAUUUCUUACCUACGUUCAUCCUUCCUUAUUUCUUACCUACGUUCGUUCUUACUUAUUUCUUUCCUACGAUCGUCCUUCCUUAUUUCUUUUUUACGUUCGUUCUUACUUAUUUCUUUUCUACGUUCAUUCUUUCUUAUUUCUUUCCUAGUUCGUUCUUCCUUAUUUCUUUCCUUUGUUCUUUCUUCUUUAUUUCUUUCCUACGUUCGUCCUUCCUUAUUUUUUCCUACGUUCGUUUUUCCUUAUUUUUUCCCUACGUUCAUUCUUCCUUAUUUCUUUUCUACGUUCAUUCUUCCUUAUUUCUUUCCUACGUCCGUCCUUCCUUAUUUCCUUCCUACGUUCGUUUUUCCUUACAUCUUCGCCACCAAGAUACACAUUACUUUCUUUCUCACGUUAUUUCUCCCUGAUUCCUUCAAUUGCAUUGUUUGUACUUCUUUCUUUCAUAUGUCAUUUCUUUCCGUUUGUCCGCGUUUGAUUUUUCCUUUCUUUUCUAGCACGUUGUGUAUUCGUUUUUUUUAUUAUUUCUUACAUUCGUCCUUCCUUAUUUAUUUCUUUUCGACAGUCUCAUAUUUAUUUUUCUUAAAUCCUUCUUUUCUUUAUAAUUUUUCUUCUUUUCUUGCUUUCUUUUUAUCAUUUGACUUUUCUGUUCGGUAUACUCUAACUCUUUCUUUUCUUUCUCUGUCUUUCUCUCUCUCUCUCUUUUUCUCUCUCUCUCUAUCUAUCUAUCUAUCUAUCUAUCUAUAUUUUUCUCUCUCUCUCUCUCUUUCUCUCUCUCUCUUUCUCUCUAUCUAUCUAUCUAUCUAUCUAUCUAUAUUUUUCUCUCUCUCACUCUCUUUCUAA